AUGGCCUCGAAAUUGAACCCUUGGGGUGUUUGCCGGAAUCUGUGCAUACGGUCACGGCCGGCACUGCAGACGACGGAGCGACGGAUCGCCUUUCCCAUUGCGAAAAGAGGCCUGGCAGACGAUACCACGACGAAAUCAAACGGCACAGACGCUUCCUCGAUACCGCCGCCAACAGAAUCAGCACCAAUUGUUCGCCGGACCGAAGUAUUUGCCGACAAUUGGCUAAACGCCGAGGCAUUGUCCAGGCUGGAACAGGCUGCUGCCGGGCAGGAACUGUACGAUGAUGAAAUAGGACACAAGUUUGGAAUGCCCACGCCGCCGGGCAAGAACGACAAGUUGCAGGACAGAUACCCGGCCGUUAUCCACCAAAUUUCGAGAAUUUUGAUGCGGGAUGGCAAGCUCAGUGUUGCCGAGAGGCACGUGGGACUGAUUCUCAACUUUCUGCGAACCACACCAGCACCCAAAGUCAACCCCAUGCGACCCCUACUGCCAGGUUCGCCGCCUCCAGAGCAGCUACCUCUAGACCCCGUUCUCUACCUCACCCUCGCCAUCGACAGCGUGGCGCCCUUGGUGCGCGUCAGGAUGAUGAAGGGCAUGGCCGGUGGUGGUCAGGCCCUCGAAGUACCAGAGCCUCUGACGUUGCGGCAACGGCGGCGGACGGCCAUACUGUGGAUCCUGGACGUGGUCAACAAGAAGAAGUCGAGGGGUAGUGGAAAGAAGCAGUUUGCAUCCCGCGUGGGCGAGGAGUUGGUCGCCGUCGUCGAGGGACGGUCGUCGGUGUGGGACAAGAGGCAGAUUGUGCACAAGCUGUCGACAUCUUCCCGAGCCAACCUGAACCACCCGGCCAUGCUUGCCCAGCGUCGCAAGUAA